ACCAAUCGCAUCCUUCACGAGGCCAUGGACAUCAUAACGGCCUCGUUAAAAGAGGCUGCUAGGAAGGGGAAGGAGAUGGCCGACGGUUUUGGAAACGUACGCCUCGUCUUUCCUCCCGUCGUCGCUAUGUCAGGCGAUCUUCUUGAACAGCUGUCCAUGGCUGCGGUUAGUCCCUCUGCGUCACCCAUGUCUAUCGCCAGAACUAAACAGUUCGGCGACGGCGUCCAACAUCCGCGACGUACGAAGGCCCAUACUCUGCAGGGGCUCAGCGGCGUGCACAAACCGUGGUGGCGCGACUACCCCCUGACUGACCCGUCUCUCUUUUGCGUCCCCGAUCUCCUUCACUCGGACUACAAGUUCUUCUGGGACCAUAUCCUCAAGGCAUGCCUAAUCCAUGUUGGGCCUGCUGAACUCGAUCGUCGCUUUGACGCGCGACACAAGCGCAUAGGUUACGCUGGGCUGCGACGUGUCUCCGACGCAAAGCAGAUGACGGGGCGCAUGCAUCGGGAGAUCAUGCGCAGCACCGUCGUCGCUAUUCAAGGCGCCGUCACGCCCGGAUUCAUGCGCGCAAUUCGCGCGAUCAUGGAGUUCCUCCUUGCGGCUCAAAGACCACGGCAUACGCCGUCCUCUCUGGCUCACAUGGCGACAAACUUACGUGACUUCCACGACAGCAAGCAGGCGAUCGCGGACGAGGGCGGACGUGGUACAUUGGACCACUGGCACAUCCCUAAGUUAGAAUUACUAUCCAACUUCAUCCCUGCGAUCAUCUCUCACGGCACCCUCCCUCAAUGGAGCUGCGACGCCGUCGAACAUCUACUUCGUACCGAGGCGAAGAAACCUUUCAACAUGUUCACGAGUCGCAGACGGAGCGAUUAUGGGCAGCAGUGCGCGCGCCAUCUGGACCGCGUUGAGAAAAUGCGCAUGUUCGAGAUCUAUUCACUCUUCAAGGCGAACGGUGCCUCGCUGCACAACACGUUUCCUGAUGACGCCAUGAUGGACGACGUCGAUAUCCACAAUGCAGCCUCCGUCGGUGUUGCGCGUACGUGGGUGGCGAACGCGUUGCCUGGAACCGGCGCCGAGCGCUGCAUUCGCGGCCCGCGAGCACCACGCAAUCUCUUCGCGACGGGGUCCCUCGUUCCAGACAACUCCAAUGUUGCGUUCCACCUUACAAAAAAACCGUCCGCGACACACUCCAUCGGCGAGAUACCGACCAUCUACCAACUCCCGGACUUUCGUGCCGCCGUCGCCGAUUAUGUCCAAGGGUUCGACAUGGACAGUCGACAGGGUGCGAUUCGAUGGUCUCUCAACUCUUACGAUGCUGGAUUCGAUGACGUGCACGUAUGGAACACGUAUCGGAUCCAGUUGCUUUCCGUCUACGACGAGGCUGCCCGUUUGGAACCCGAGACACUGCGCGCGAUGCCACCAGAUGCUACAUACCCAUGGGGCAUGUGCGAUGCUGUCCUCGUCGACAGCUUGACAGCGGACGGCCAGCCUCGGCAGAAUGGAUCUCUAAUCGCGCAAGUCCGCAUCGUCUUCGAGCCAAUCCCUCGCAAAGGUCGGGUUCUCCCUGCGUGGCUGCAGACACCGCUUGUCUACAUCCAAGAUUUCGUCUUUGCUGACCUGGACGAGCACGGGCUGCCCUGCAAGACUGCCGACAUACUCAUGUACAAGGUGCAGCGACGUCGUUACGUGGAUGCAUGGGGAGCUGUCCAGCGCGCGGGUGAGGUCGUCCCGUUAAGAAACAUCGCGCGACCUGUUGACCUCGCGCCAGUGCAUGGAGGUCCGGUUAUGCACGCGUCGCUCACCGAAUACAAUGCCCUCGAGAUCCCGGAAAGCUAUUGGUUGAAUGAUCUUUGGGACGACGAACUACACGCGGUGCUGACGGGCGAAUACGAGUAG